AUGAAAGAUCGAUUAUCAUUUUUAAAUAUUUAUAAUAAUUUAAUAUUAAAAAUUCUGAUAUUAAUUUUGCUUAUUAAUUCUGUUAAUUCUAAUUAUAUUAAAAGAAAUAAAAGAUUAACACAAGUUUGGUCUAAUAAUAAUGAAUUGUCUUCUUCUUUAUUUGAUUGUCGUCAGCCUAGUAAAGAAUGUUUACAUGAUGGAAUUUGUUCAAAAAAUGGAUUGAAUUGCGAUUGUUCCCCAUCUCCAAAUUGGUUUGGCAAACAAUGUGAACUUCGUCGAUGUGUCCAACUUUACAAUCCUUGCGAGAAUGGCGCUGCUUGUGAAAAAACAGAGCAAUCAUUUAAAUGUCAUUGUCCACCUGGUUUUGAUGGAAUUUAUUGUGAUAAACAACUAGAAACUGUUUGUAACAAUAUUAAUUUAAAUAUUUGUGGGGAACAUGGAAAUUGUAUUUUGGGACAAAAUGUUAAUGAAUAUACUUGUGAAUGUCAUUAUGGAUGGACUGGUUCUCAUUGUUCUGAAGUUAAUCACUGUCAAUUGGAAGAUUAUUUCUGUUUAAAUGGACAAUGCAUAAAUAAUUUAAAUAAAAAUGUUAACGAAGAUGGAAAUUUAAUUACACAUUUUUGUGAAUGUAGACAUGGUUGGGGUGGUACUCAUUGUGAUUUAGAUGUAGAUGAAUGUCAAUCUGACACUAAUAUUUGUCAAAAUGGGGGGAAAUGUGUUAAUUUAAUUGGGUCUUUUUAUUGUGAAUGCCCUCCGAAAUUUGUUGGACAAUUUUGUGAAAUACCUAAUAGUAUAGAUCAGUGUCAACCUUCUCCCUGUCUUAAUAAUGGUACUUGCCAUUUAUCAAUGACUGCAACAACUUCUAGUUGGGCUUUGGAUGCAGACAAAUUUAAUUGGCAUUGGGAAUGUAAUUGCCCUGAUGGGAUUGAAGGUGAACGUUGUGAGAGAAUUGUUGAUAAUUGUAUAACUGGAAGAACGAUUUGUGUUAAUGGAGGGCAAUGUGUUCAUCCAUGGCUUGAAGUAUUCGAGAAUACUGGAAAUGAUAAUGUAACAAAAUCGGUUCAACAAAGAUGGCAUCCCUCUGAAUGUAAAUGCAUGUCUGGAUUUUCUGGAGAAUUUUGUGAACGAGAUGUCAAUGAAUGUGAAGUUUAUCCAGGGCUUUGUCAGAAUGGUGCUACUUGUAUGAAUCGACACGGCACUUAUUUGUGUUUGUGUGUUGCUGGAUUUGAAGGAAGAUAUUGUGAAAAUAAUAUAGAUGAUUGUAUUGAUAAUCUUUGUUAUGCUGGUUCAACUUGUAUAGAUGGGAUUUCACGAUAUACUUGUCUUUGUGCACCAGACAGAGUUGGUAAUUUAUGCGAAUUUCCAAAUCCCUGUUUCAAUACUUCAAACAACAAUAAUGGACCUUGUUUAAAUGGAAAAUGUUAUCCUGAUUUUGAAUUUGGUAAUCAUUCAUGUCAUUGUGAUGAAGGAUGGAUGGGACAGAAUUGUGAUAUAGAUAUAGAUGAAUGUGCACAUCCAUUUACUAAUAAAUGUUCUAAAGGAAAGUGUGUAAAUACUGUUGGAGGGUAUAUUUGUGAAUGUGAAUUUGGAUAUACAGGAGAAUUAUGUUCUUUAUUAGAAAAACAUUGUGAUUCUAAUCCGUGUCAAAAUGGGGGAACUUGUCUAAAUAAAUUGGGAAAAUAUGAAUGUGUUUGUUUGCCUGGUUAUUCUGGAAAUAAUUGUGAAAUUAGAGCUUAUAAAGAAUUAAAUAAAUGUUAUUUGGAUUGCCAGAAUGGAGGGAUUUGUAAAAAUGCUGAUGAUACUGAAUGUGAAUGCCUUCCCCCCUUUUCUGGAACUUUAUGCGAAAUUGAAAAGCCAGAUCCCUGCUAUCAAAAUCAUUGUGCAACAGACUCAGUGUGUGCCCCAACCAUUGAUUAUACUUCAUAUACUUGUCAAUGUCCACCACAUUUAGCCGGUCAAUUUUGUGAACGUCAAUUACCUCCUUGUGAAGAUGGCUAUAAUCCUUGUGUUCGAGGAAUUUGUCAUAAAAAUACUGAGGAUAUUGAACACUUUACUUGUGAAUGUUUAAAUGGAUGGACUGGGCCUCUUUGUGAUAAACAAAUUGAUAAUGAAAUUGAAGUUUGCCCUUUAGCUUCUAAUCCUUGUCAGAACGGUGGGCAAUGUGUUGGUGUUGAUGGAAAUAGAGGGAAUAAUAAAAUACAAAAAAUUGAUGGAGGUGAACACUUAUCAACACAAUUUUUAUCUUCCUCAACAUUUUUUGAAUGUAUUUGUCCUCGUGGAUUUACUGGCCCUCUUUGUGAAAUUCUUCCAAAAUCAACAAAAUAUAAUUAUGAAAAUAUUGAUGAAAGGCAAAAAUGUAUUAAUAAAGGCUGUAGAAAUGGAGGAAAAUGCGUGAAGAAUUUAAGAAAUGUUGGAGAGGGAGAUUUAUGGACUUGUCAGUGUCCCCCAGGCUUUCAAGGUUCUCAAUGUGAAAGUGAAAUCAAUGCCUGUUUAAAUGUCACGUGCAAACAUAAGGGCAAAUGUGUAAAUUUGGGCGGCAUCGACUUUCGUUGUGAUUGCGCGCCUGGCUGGAGUGGACAUGUUUGUGAAAUAAAUAUUGACGAUUGCGAGAAUAUUGUUUGCCUUAAUGGUGGCGUUUGUGUUGAUCGUGUUAACAACUAUCUUUGUGAGUGCGCUCGUGGAUUUGCCGGACGGCAUUGUGAGAUUUUUGUCCCCGUCGACAAAUUCAAUCGAACGGAUAUGGUUGAUAUGGACAAUUGUCGAAGACAAGGUUGUGAACAGAAAGCAACUAAUGGGAAAUGUGAUCCAGAAUGUAAUUUAUAUGCCUGUCAAUUUGAUGGUGGCGAAUGUUCAACCCGUCAAAUAAAUCCUUUUGAAAAAUGUCCCCAACCAAGUUAUUGUUCACAUUCAUUUUCAAAUGGAAAAUGUGACGAAGUUUGUAAUAAUGAACGUUGUCUCUUUGAUGGUUUCGACUGUUUGCCACGUCCGUUGGCAAAAUGCCCGAGACUAGCUGAGUGUGCUUUGAGAUAUGCAAAUGGGCAAUGCGAUCAGCAAUGUAAUAUGGCAGCUUGUGGUUGGGAUGGAGGUGAUUGUGAUCACGAUGUAGAACCAGAAUCUCAUGUUUUGCUUGGAGAACUUGUUUUGGUUUUGGCUGUACAACCAGAAGAACUUUUCCCGAAUUUAUUGAGACAAUUUUUGCUUUCAUUAAGUUCGCAUUUGCGAGUAUCUCUUUCACUUUCUGUUGAUGAGGAAGGAAAGCCAAAUCUUUUCCGUUGGAGUCAAGAUUCGGGAAUUGGAAAACGAAUUGAUUUGCCCCCAGGAAUGAAUGUUACAACAAUGUUUAGUGUACAUUAUUACGAUUCUGAUAUUGUUGUUGGUGAAGAGGAGGGGAAAAAUAAAAAUCAAGUUGUUCAAGAUAGAAGAAGAAAAAGGAAUUUAAAUGAUAUUUCAAAAAAAGAAGGAGUUGCUUUAUUUUUACGUGUUGAUGUUACAAUGUGUAAUUUAUUGGAUUCUUCUUCUUCAAGUACUUCAAUGCCCAGAAUUAUACAUCAACACCAAAUACCAGAACAUCCACACCGACAUCACCACCACAUUUACCAUUCAAACAAUAAACUUUUGGGUGUACAUGAACCUUGUUUUUCACAUAUGGAUAGUGUGGCUGCUUAUGCAUUACAAGAUAUUGGAGUGCCAAUUUUACAAAGUGAAGCUCGUCUUUCACCUCACAGUUCUUCAAAAUCUUUUGGAUUUUUUUGGUGUGUUCUUCUAACUUUGAUGUUUUCACUAGUUAUCGGAUCUGUAAUUAUUAUUCGAAGACCUAAAAAUAAUAAAAUGAAAACUGCAAAAACUUGGAGACCUCCAAUUGUUGAACAACCAAGUUCAAAAUAUGGUUCAUCAUCAACUCUCGCCAGUCAUUACCCAUUACCUCCACAACAACAACAGACUUUGAGAGCAUCUUCUAUUUGGCCAAAUUAUCCAGUAGCUUCGUCUAGUAGUUGUGCUUCUUCAAAUAUGCCUUUAAUGAUAAACCAUGCAGUUAGCAUGAAUAGUCUUUCUAAUCAAAGCAAUAUUUAUAGUCAACAUAGCCAUCCUCAACAAUAUCAAAAUCCUGUCAAUUCGAUGAUACAAAUAUCAAAUAAUAAUAAUAAUAAUCAAUAUCAACCACCAAACAAACAUUAUCGUCAACAUCCAUAUCUCCCACAACAUUCAUUACAACAACAUUCCUCAACAUUACCACGUAAUAAUGGAAAUUGUUGGACUACAGCAACAACAACAACUGCUUUAAUUGGAGAAAAUAAAAAUUUAUUGACAACUUCCUCAAAUCAAAAUUUAAAUUCUUCUAUUCAUUAUAGACAACAACAACCACAAUUGUUGAUUGGAGCAACGGGGAAUGUUAAUGGAAUAGCUACUUUGCCUCUUCCAAAUAAUAAUGCAAACAACAUCUACAAUAAUCAACAACAACAAAAUAUGCCUUCUUUAGGGAAUGGAGGAGAAUUAGUAAAUCCGUCUACCCACCCAACUACAACAACUAUAGCAACAACUACUAUAGUUAAUAACAAUAACAAUUCUUCUACUUCAUAUUCUCGUUGUUCUUCCUCAGGCAUUGGUGGAAGCAGCACAGAACAUUCCCCUUUAGGUCAAUUACUUCCUCUUCAUUGUUCUUCUGCAAAUAUUGUUGUUGACCCUUCCUUGGUUGGCAAUAAUAAUGAAAAUGAAGAAAGCUUGUUAAAGCUUAUUAAAGAACUUCAAGAUUUUUUAAUGUUUAAAAGACGAGCAUUACUUGAUUGUAAUUCUGAAAUAAUAUCAAAACUUACAGCUCGCAUUGUAAAUUCUACAAAUGAACGUGGACGGACAUUUUUUCAUUUAUUAUUUCAAAAUAUGUUUUUAAUGACUGCAAACGAUAACGAAACUGAUUUACUCGCUAAUAUUGACUUACUUUUUAAAAGCGGGGUUUCUAUUGAUGCACAAGAUCAUGAUGGGACAACUGCUCUUUCUUUGGCUGUUCGAAAUCGAAAACUUCGAGCUGUUGAAUUAAUGGUUGAACGUGGUGCUGAUGCUAAUCUGCCGGACUUGGAUAAUAAAUCUCCUUUAUACCAUAUUUGUGCAAAUUUGUCGACUGAAGAGGAUUUAAAAAUUGCUGAAUUUUUAAUAAAUAAAGUUGCUGAUUUAAAAUUAGAUACUUUGGCACGUGAAACAGAAACACCUCUAAUUCGUUGUGCGGCUCUUUGUAAUCCUUUUUCACUACGAAUUGCUGAACUUUUAAUUUCUCGUGUUGAAGCUUCACAAAGAAUUGAAUUUGUUAAUUAUUCUGGUAAAACGCUGACUACAGCAUUACACCGUGCUGCUUCUGUUGGGAAUGAACCAAUGGUGCGGCUACUUAUUAAACAUGGGGCGAAUAAAGAAUCGACUGAUAAAGAGGGAAAAUCCCCGUUAUUUGUGGCUGUUGAACAGGCACAAUAUGAGACAGUUUCUGUCCUUUUGGAGUUGGGAGCAGAUCGUAAUAAGUCGGACAUGAAUGAUACAAAAAUUAUGGAAUUAGCCUCACAACCCGGAUUUGAACCAAUUUCUCAACUUUUCCGUAAAUUUCCUGAAAAUCAAAAUAAUCAUCAUCAACAUAUUCAAUUCUUUAAUUCUUCUACUCGUUCCUCCUCUACCCCUAAAGACCAACAAAAAAAUCAAACUAAUGGGAAAAGACAAAGGGUUGGAACGAAAAGAAGAAAUACAGCAACAACAACAACAAAUAACUCUUCUUCAAAUUCUAUUUUACAGGUUAUUCAAAGAGGUGUUAAUUCUGUUCUUUUACCUUCAAAUAAUAGAGAAAUAAAUAAUUAUGAAGAUGGCUCUUCUGCUGCCAAAAAAAGAGCUCCAAUAAUUAUUUCAAAUAACAACAACAAUCCAAAUAUAUCUCCACCAUGUUUACCCCCUUAUUAUCCUCCCUCUUCUAAUAAUAUUUGUCAGCAAUCUUUAAAUAAUUCAAACAGUAUUUUACAAAACCAACAACAACAAAUUUCUUCUUCCCCUCCUCUUCUUCCUUCAAUUCAACAAAAUCAAUUUAAUGGUAUUUUUAAUUAUAAAAUUAUUUUCUAA